AUGUGCUCCGCUUCGUGCGGGGGUGGUCGUCAAUGUAGUCAAUUCAAGAUCCUGGCACCUGCCCGCUUUCGGGGCCAAGAGUGCACACACAAUGAUGGAUCCGACAACUGCGCAGAUUGCAACGCUCAGCCAUGUCCGAAAGAUUGUGAGUUAGGAGACUGGGAAGUGGAACCAUGCAGUGCACUUUGUGGAGGUGGGACUCAGAAACGGACACGCCCAGUGGCCUCACCGAGCGAGUUUGGUGGGUUUUGUCCCAUGCCAGAUUCCGUGGACCGGGUCCUUGACGUUCCCUGCAACACACAAGCAUGCCCAGAUGAAAUGCUCGAAGACUUCAGGGUGGCCGUAUCACAGACAGCAGAUGUCCAGGAAGAAACACACCGCCAAAGUUCAAUGCUGCAGAAGACGAAGCAUCACCUUUUGCAUCACUUGCCAAAGAUAAGUUGCACAGCCGGUAUGGAUUCACAACACACAGAGGCAACUGCGAGUUGCCACGAACACAACACGAUUGCCAGCAAGUCACAAGGCCUUGCUCUUUUCUUGGAGAACGGCCACGAUGAGUGCGAAAUUGCUGCAGCAGAGUUUCACCAGCUUCGAGAUGCACUGAAACACAAUUUGCCACAUGUAGUCAAACAGAUGUGCGGUGGUGACCAUGAGGGGGCCCAGAGCACAAUUGAAAACCUUUUGCAUCCUUUGAUCAACUCCACCCUGGCACAGUUUGAUCGCUGCGUAGAACCCUACAGAUCCUUUGCCAGGGAAGUUGUGCCUAUGAAAAGUGAUCUGAGGAGUCUACAUGUUAAUGCAAAGGCACGACAAGAACAAUCGCAGCAUAGAUUGAAGCAGGCGACUGCCCGCCAAGAAGGAGGAUCUCUUGAAUGGAAUGCUCUGGCAGAGGAGAUGAAAGAGACAUCGCAGAAACGAGAUCAGGCCUUUCAAGCUGCCCAAGCAAAAGAACAAGAGUUGGCCAAACUUCGCAAAUCUACCGCAGAGGAUUUGAAGGCUAAAAGGACAGAGGCUCAGGCCGCAAAGGAGCGGGCAAGGCGGGAACGUUUUGAAGCCGAAGACCUCGACAAUUCGAUGCGAGGAAGAAAUCGGGAUUCAUGGCGUAUCAGUCGUGAAUAUCGCGAGGCACAACUAUAUGAAGAGAGGAGUUCAGAGCUUCAAGCGGAACUUGAUGCUGCCUACAAUUCCUAUCGUUACGAGGUUGAAAAAGACGAGAAUGCUGUGCGCAGGUUUGAACAGAUGUUGAAGCAGCAGGAUGAGGUGUUCAAGAGUCAAAAAGAGGCACAGAAGGAGGUCGGUGCCACAAUGCAACAAGAAGCUUUGGAGAUGCAGGAUAUUUUGCAUGACAUGAAAGCAAACCAAAAUGUGCUUGGAUUGUCUGAAGGCUUGAACAUGGAGAGUGCAGAUGAAGGUGCCAGAAACUGGAAAUCAUCUAUCGUUCGGCUCAGGAGCACCGUGAAACGACUUCAGGUCUAUUUGGAGACUCUUCAUACGCAUCUUAGCAGAGCUUCCGACAAAGCGUGUGAAGAUGCAAAACAUCAUGUUGCGGGGAUGGUCAGUGCUUAUAGAACAGGCACCUCGCUCAGCACUGGAAACAGCAAGAGUGAGAGGACUUCAGAAGAGCAGGUGAAGGGCUGA